CAGUUCCCCGUCGCAUUCUCAGCAGCCCCGUCGCCGCCGAAGAUGCUCCGCCGCCAACGCCACUUCCUCCCCGCCAAGCCCCGGCGCCGCCCGAAGCCCCAGCCCAAACCCGCCGCCGAGCCCUCCGCCCCGACGUACACCCGCGACGUCGUCCGGCGCGUGACCAACAUACUCCGCGACCACCCCUGGUCGGCGGCGCGCCCGCUCCUGCUCUCCCUGCCGGGCCUCGUCUGGGACUCGCACGUCGUGGCGCGCGUCCUCAAGACCCACCCGCCCCUCCAGAAGGCCUUCCUCUUCUUCCGCCUCGCGGCCUCCCCGGCCGCCGACCCCAGGGCCGCCUUCCGCCACGACCGCUACACCUACACAUCCAUGCUCCACCUCCUCGGCGAGGCUGGCCGGGUCCCCGCCAUGCUCCGCCUCCUCGCCGAGAUGCUCCGCGCCGGGGUGGACCCCGACGCCGCCACGUUCACCACCGUCAUGCACUGGCUCGCGCGCGCCGGGGACGUGGACGCCGCCAUGCGGGUGUGGGAGGAGAUGCGCUCCCGCAGGGGCCGGUGCCGCCCCACGCUCGUCAGCUACACGGCGUGCCUCAAGAUCCUGUUCGACGCCGGGAGGGCCGCCGAGGGCAGGAGGGUGUUCGAGGAGAUGGUGGCCGAGGGGCUGCGCCCCAGCUGCACCACCUACACCGUGCUCAUCGAGCACCUCGCUGACGCAGGAAAAUUCCAAGCUGCUCUACGAAUUAUGAGUGACAUGGAAGAUGCAGGCGUAGAACCUGACAAGCCACUCUGCAAUGUUCUAGUCAAGAAGUGUGCCAGGGCUGGUGAGACGUCAGUGAUGACCCUCAUUCUUCAGUACAUGAAGGAGAAACGCAUCGUUCUCCGCAGGCCUGUCUUUCUGGAAGCACUAGAGGCUCUAAAAGCUAGUGGUGAGAAUGCUAAUCUUCUUUUGGAAGUGAAUCCUCAUCUUGCAUCCGAAGGAAUGGAAUAUGACCCAACAUUUUCUCAUCUAAGCUACAUUACUGACAGAAGUACGAUUAUAUACCUUUUGGCUUCUAGAAACUGGUCUGCUAUGGAACAAAUGGUAAACGAAUUGACCACGAGGAAUGUGAAGUUUGAAUCGCAUAUACUAUCUGAUAUUAUUCAGGCCAGCUGCGCAAACUGCAGACCAUCAUGUGGACUCGCUGUUCUGCAUUAUAGCCUAAGAGUAGGCAGUGAACUUGACAGAUCUGCAUAUAGUUGCCUUCUUGGUCAAUACAUCAGAAAUGGUUCGUUUGAUUUGGUAUCUAAGAUUGUUGAAAGAUUGAUUAAACAUGGCUGCAAUCUUGGAGCAUAUCUGUUAUCUGUCUUAAUACUCAGAUUGGGUGCUGCUGGGCAUUCUUCAUACGCGGCGCAUAUCUUUGGGUUAUCACCUGCAGACCAGAAUGUGAUUACCUACACUGCCCUUAUGAAUGCCUAUUUUCAAGCUGGCGAAGUUGAUAAGGCUCUUGAACUAUUCACACAAAUGAUAACUAAUGAGAUAUCUCCUUCUGCGGGUACAUAUGAAGUUCUGAUAUAUGGCUUACAAAAGGCUGGGUGGAAACAGGACUCUGACCGUUACCGAAGAGAAAGAAUGGAGAUGCAAUGGCAUCGUCAGUACCGUGACAAGCAUUCCCCUGAAGAUAGCUUAUGUGACCAUUUAUUUUGUGGAUUUCAUGAUUAGAAGAUUGUUUCUUGGGUGAUGUUCUAUACUUGGGAUUUCCUUAGCUCUACCAAUCCAGCUUCAUGUUUUGUCACAGAUUGAAGGUUUAUAAAUGGAUCUCCUGAUAUUUGCUUUGACACGAUGUUACUAGACACUGAACAUGUGAUUACUUUUCCAUGGCAUGGUAAAAUAAAAUAAAAAUCGGUUGAUCUCUACAUGGUUACAAGAACCAAGGGAUGGUGAAACUAAAUCGAAAGAGUCUCAUGAAAGGAUUGCUGAAUUUGGAACCUGGAAUGUAUAUGCCGACUCUUUAUGUUAGUGACUGCUGAUGUAAAGGGAGAAAAUCCAGUAGAGCUGAACCGUGAAGGAGAAAAGCGCAUCAUUGGAGUACUAUGGAGGCCGUGAAGUAGCUGGAACUCUGGAAGUGCAAAGGAGCAACUUAAUUGUUGGAUAUUUUGUUUAAAUUUAAGGUAAUACACCCAUAGCUAGCUCAAACACACACACUUUGUACUAAGUAAUCUAGUUGAUAGGGAGGCCUUUCCCCAUGUGUUGCUUGAAUUUUCUAUCUCAGUCUUCUGUUCAGAUCAAAUAUGACUGUCGACAUUUAUGGUGUGCUUACCUUUUUUUUCUUCUUGUUUGUAACAAUUAUUUUUGGCUGAUUCUCUGUCAAAAUUUGAGAAGUGUAAAUAUGAGUUAGCAUGAAAAUUCUGGACGA